GUGUCUCUGAUUUGUCUGUCGAUUAUUUUUGUUUUACCACAGAAAAUGUAAAAGGAUAAUACUUAGUACAAAUCCGCCAAAGGUGAAUGGUUAGUAUCUCUAUCCAGUAUAAUGCACAUAUGGCUUAACAUAGGAGAAAACAUGGUUUAUAGUACGAGCAUUUUUUGCAAAUAAGUCCGUAAACUAGCUUGUUAUAUUGAUGAUUUUCUUAUAGAUCUGUAAAUUCGCUUAGUUUUAUUGCAAAAACUGGUCACUCUUUAGAUGUUGCUACCAUUUUGACUAGUUGUGGUGAACCAGUAACAAAAUGGUUUGAAGCAUUUAAGUGUCCAUAUCAGAUAUGAAGUUCAGUAUAUGGAGGUGUGAAAUUCCCUUGUGUAAUGUGUACUCAGACUUAAAAUGGUUGCAAUAAAUUCUCCGAAUGUAGUAAAUCUUAAUAUUAAAACUGAUAAGCAAACUCAAAUGUUUAUCUAAACUAAGCUUUCUGUAUUAACAUUUACGGUUUUUUUUACUAAGAUUUUAAUGAUAGUUGAUCCGUACUGAUGGUUAAAAGUAACAAGAAGUCAAGAACACAUGAUUAUGGGACUUAACGUAAGUCUCGGUGCUGGAUUUCACCGACAAAGAAAGAAGAAGAAAAAGUAUCAUAUGAGUAUGUCCUUAUGACCUUAUCUAAUAUCCAGCCUAUACAAUUAUUUCUAUGUUCUACUCCAAAUCGGAAACGUUCCUCAUCUCAUAAACUCUCAUUAUUUAGAUGAAGUAAUGAUCACGACUCAUCAUAUUCGUGUAUUUAAGGCGCAUACUACUUAGUCCACAAAACCUCCGGAAAUCUCAGAAAACACCUCCGCUAAUUCACACAUCUCUCCACACGACAUGACGCAGUCUCGCAGAUCACCUAAUGAAGAUUCUAGUUCCCCUAGUUGAUAAUGAUGAGCUUAGUGUGUGAGACGUGUAAUUAAGGUCUUCUGCUAGCUAAACCAAUAUAUACAUGACCACUUUGUCUGUGACCGUCGUUCACGUUACCAGGUCUGCAACUUGACCGUCGUUCACGUUAUAUUCUAAACUGAUUUAUUUAUGUAGUUUUGAACAUACGUGAGAAAUUUCGAACCGCUGUCUUUCCAAUCCAAUUUUGUUUUAUUUUUUAAAUAUUCUAAUCCAAAUUAUACGCUAGAGUAAAAUCAACUAACCUGGAUUUCAUUUCACGUCAUGAUUUGAAUGGCAAUUAGCCACUUAGCCAUUCUGUACCCCAAGCUAGAAUACAAAGACUUCACUUAGCUCUAACUUCUUCUAUAAGUCAAGUUGUGUGGAGCUCAAGUUGUAACCCACGUAUCUUUAUUUAUACCUCCAACCUUCUCUCUCAUUUUUUUAAACCAAAACAAUUCUUCUUCAAAAGUUUUCAUAAAGACCAUGUCUGAAUCCCGUUUACAUUUGAAUUUUCUCUCGCUAAUCUUGCUCUGUUGUGUCUCCCCUUCAAGCUUCUUCGAUCUAAACAUUGAUUACAGUAGUUAUGUUGCUUGUCAUCCCCAUCAGACUAAAGCUCUCACUGAGUUCAUGAACGAGUUUGAUAGCAGCUACUGCAACCUCAAUGAUCCCUUUAAUGGAGUCUGGUGCGAUAAUUCGACCGGUGCGGUCACAAUGCUACGACUCCAGUCUUGUCUCAGUGGAACUCUAAAGCCUAAUAGUAGCCUCUUCAGGUUACAUCAUCUUCGUCACCUUAACCUCACUCAAAACAACUUCAUCUCAUCUUCACUUCAUUCUGAAUUUGGCAAUCUAAACAGGUUAGAGGUCUUAUCUCUUUCCAAUAAUGGAUUUGUAGGCCAAGUUCCUUCCUCGUUUAAUAGCCUAAGCCUUCUCUCCGUUUUAAAGCUUUCCAAAAAUGAACUAACUGGUAGUUUCCCACUUGUAAGGAAUCUAACAAAGCUCUCCUAUUUAGGCCUCUCUUACAAUUAUAUCUCUGGAACUCUGAAUCCCAACAGUACUAGCCUGUUUGAAUUGCACCACCUCCGUUACCUUAAUUUAAAUUACAACAACUUCAGUUCAUCACUCCCUUCUGAAUUCGGAAAUCUCAACAAACUAGAGUUCUUGUCUCUUUCCUUCAAUGACUUUUUCGGGCAAGUUCCUCCCACAAUUAGUAACCUAACCUCGUUAACCUACUUGUACCUUGACCACAACCAGCUCACUGGUAGUUUCCCACUUGUACAAAAUCUAACCAUGCUCUCAUUUAUAUAUAUCAAUGAGAAUCACUUCUCUGGAACAAUUCCUUCUUCUCUCUUCACCAUGCCUUUCUUAUCACGUCUCAAUCUGCGUGGAAACGAUCUCACCGGUUCUAUUGAAGUUCAUGACUCCUGUACCCCAUCUAGGCUCGAGAAAAUGUACCUUGGGAAAAACCAUUUUGAAGGAAAAAUCAUAGAACCUAUCUCAAAGCUCAUCAACCUCACACAUCUAGACCUUUCUUUCCUAAACACAAGCUAUCCCAUUGAUUUAAGCCUCUUUUCCUCACUAAAAUCUUUGUCGUACCUAGAUCUUUCCGGUAAUAGUAUAUCUCCGGCCAGUUUAGAAUCAAAGUCAUCAGACAUAUCAACAAACUUGGAGAGAUUGUUGUUGCAAGACUGCGGCAUCAGCGAGUUCCCAAAUAUCUUAAAGAACCUUGAGAAGUUGGAGCUUAUUGCAUUAGGCAACAAUAGAAUCAAAGGGAAAAUACCGGAGUGGUUAUGGAAGCUUCCUCGUCUGUACACAGUGUUUCUUGGAAGUAAUUCAUUUACUGGUUUUGAAGGUCCGGCGGACGUUUUGGUGAACUCAUCGUUGGAGUUGAUAGAUCUGGAGCAAAACUAUUUUGAAGGAGCAGUUCCAGUCCUACCACUAUUUAUUAACUUCUUUAAUGCAGAAAGCAAUAGAUUCACAGGGAGGAUACCUCUUUCAAUCUGCAGUUGUAGAUCUCUCAAGCGUUUGUGGCUAUCUUACAACAACCUCACGGGUCCAAUUCCUCAAUGCUUGAGUAACUUGACGAUUGUGAAUCUCCGGAAGAACAACUUGGAAGGAAGUAUUCCUGACGUGUUUGUAACCGGUGCUUCUCUACAGGAACUUGACGUCGGACACAAUCGACUAACCGGUAAACUUCCAAGAUCUCUUCAGAAUUGUGCAUCUCUAGAGUUUCUACUUGUUGACCACAACAAAAUCAAAGACAAGUUUCCUUUCUGGCUCAAGGCUUUACCGAAUUUGCAAGUUCUUAUCCUUAGUUCAAACAAAUUCUAUGGCUCUAUAUCUCCUCCUGGUCAAGGUCCUCUCGGGUUUCCGGAACUACACAUAUUUGAAAUAUCGGAUAAUAAGUUCACUGGAAGCUUGCCACCAAGGUAUUUUGUCAAUUGGAAAGCAUCGUCACUUACAAUGAAUGAAAAUGACGAACGUCUAUAUAUGGUACACGGGCAAAUUAGCUCCGGGGGAUUUUACUAUUACGUUAUGGUGACUAUAGAUUUGCAAUACAAAGGUCUGUUGAUGGAGCAAGAGAGGAUCAUUACCUCAUACGCGGCUAUUGAUUUUUCAGGGAAUAGAAUUGAAGGACAAAUUCCUGAAUCAAUUGGUCUCGUGAAAGGACUGAUUGCACUCAAAUUAUCAAACAACGCUUUCACAGGCCAUAUUCCUCUGUCUUUCUCCAAUCUAAGCAAUCUCGAGUCACUAGACCUAUCAAGCAACCAACUCUCAGGGACCAUUCCUGGUGGACUUGGGACCCUCUCCUUUUUGGAGUACAUUAAUGUGUCUCACAACCAACUCAAAGGGAUUAUACCACAAGGAACACAGAUUACGGGGCAGCCUAAAUCUUCCUUUGAAGGGAACGCAGGGCUUUGUGGUCUUCCCCUCCAGGAAACUUGCUUUGGGACUAACAAACCACCUACACAACAACCUUCUGAAGAAGAAGGAGAAGAAGAGGAAGAAGUGUUGAACUGGAAAGGUGUGGCUAUAGGGUUUGGACCUGGAGUGUUGCUUGGACUUGUAAUAGCACACCUCACUGCAACAUACAAACCGGAGUGGCUCAUUAAGAUAAUUGGACCGAACAAGCGCAGAAAUCGCUAGGAUUGUUUUCAGUUUGAGUAUGAUCCUUCAAUGUAUGUCAAGUGGUUGAUGAUUCCUCUUGUAUGGAAGCAUCUUUUUAUGUUUGUUGUAUCGUUAUCUGAUGCUUUGUUUCUAUUUCGUUUUCUAUAAAGUAAGAAUGGUGAAUGUUUUGUAGUCAAUUUCA